GUACUUCCUUGUGAGGCAGGGCGGAAUACUUUAGUGAGUCGAUGGCGGAAGGUCGGAAUUUUGUAGUACCGCGUCGGUGCUAUGUAAAAGGGUUUACACACGUUGUCCAGGAGUCUGCUUGUCGUUCCACAUCACCGAAAUGAGCCAAGAUCCUAUAGCCCCACACAGUGCAGGCAUUUCUGCCUACAUGAGUGUCCAUUCUGCCACGAAUCUUGCAUAUGUUCGGUAUUUUGCUGGCAAAGACAGUGCUGUGUCAGCAACUUUCAAGAGCAUCAACGCCAGAGGAUUCACUGUUGAGUAUCAACUGCCUGAUGGAAUUACGAAGGAUGCCUUCAUCGACUUCAAAACACCUUUAACAAAGAGAGAGGAAAUUCGGCCAGUUUUGGAAGGUAUGGCCAAGGAGGCCGAAGAAGCUCUAGGCUUGCCAAGCUCGCUUUCCGGACCACCCCCUAUAGCAGCCAUUGCCAAGUCCGUUUACGCUACGGCUACCGAUUCGUACACUCCACCAUCUUCUGAGGUUCCACUUGAUACUUUCUACCCUUGCAAUACUGGCUUGGCUGUUGCAAUCGUAGCUGGAAUGGGAGCCGUAUACUAUUUCUCGGUGUCUACCCCAGAAGACAUAAAGGCAUUGCCACUUCCCAUUCAAUACUUUCACAAACUCUACCCACAUCACUGGUACCCUAUAAUUUGGAAGGCAGCAUCCGGUAUUCAUGUUGCUGAAGGAGUAGUUGCAUUGGGAAUUUGUCUCAGACGUGGCUGGUAUAGCCCAGUCAAUGUGGCCAAAUGGACCAUCAGCACUCUUCUUUUUGGAUUUGGCUCCAUGAAGAAACUUAUGAAGCAUGGUCGUGAGGUCCGUCUCGGUAUUAAAAAAGAUUAAGUUAUCAUUUAUUUUUAGGACGAUAGUACACAUAUCUGUUAUAAAAGGAUUUUCCUAUACACAUAAGAAUUAAAAUUGAGAUUAUUCACAUGGCCCAUACAGAGCAAGAGUGGUAUGAAACAUUGUGGAGUGGGGUGGGAAAAUGUCGUAACUGAUGGUUGCCGGUCUGAACGUAGACCGAUUAGUGCUGUGGUGAUGAUCACGAAUGAAUUGAAUCGAUGGUGAACGGUGGAGAGGCGUUACCACUGUCUCCGAUCAGGACCAUGAUAUAGCUAUGGCGGGUUUUAAGAUCAUGCGGGAUAUUCACUUCUUGUGAACCGGCAUUCAGCUUGAAACCAGACGCCAAUUCCCAAUCUGAAUAUGAUACAGGGAUGAAUGAAGUAGUUCCUUGUUUCAAAGGCUAAAAUA